AUGGACAAGAAGCCUUCGCCCAAGAAAGCUCCAGGUUUCUGUUCCUUACGGUAUGGACUGGCUCUCAUCAUGCACUUCUCAAACUUCACCAUGAUAACCCAGCGUGUGAGUCUGAGCAUUGCGAUCAUUGCCAUGGUGAACAGCUCUCAGCCGCAUGGUCUAUCCAACGCCUCCGCAGAAGGACCUCUGGCAGAUACCCUCAGCAACCCCAGCACAUCCAUCAAGGAAUUUAACACAGGGGAAGCCUCUGUAUAUGAAUGGAGCCCAGAGACUCAGGGUAUCAUCUUUAGCUCCAUCAGCUAUGGGAUAGUAGUGACUCUGAUCCCAAGUGGAUAUUUGGCAGGGAUAUUCGGAGCAAAACAGAUGCUUGGUGCUGGUUUGCUGAUCUCCUCCCUCCUCACCCUCUUUACACCGCUGGCUGCUGACUUCGGAGUGAUUUUGGUUAUUGUGAUUCGGAUGAUCCAGGGCAUGGCCCAGGGCAUGGCCUGGACAGGUCAGUUUACCAUCUGGGCAAAGUGGGCUCCCCCACUCGAACGAAGCAAACUCACCAGCAUUGCGGGGUCAGGGGCAGCGUUUGGGUCCUUCAUCAUCCUCUGCGUGGGGGGACUAAUCUCCCAGGCCUUGGGCUGGCCGUUUAUCUUCUACGUCUUUGGUAGCAUUGGCUGCGUCUGCUGUCUCCUGUGGUUCACAGUGAUUUAUGAUGACCCCACGCAUCACCCAUGCAUAAGCGUCCGGGAAAAGGAGCACAUCGUGGCCUCACUGGCUCACCAGUCCAGUUCUCCUAGACGAUCUAUCCCCAUAAAGGCUAUGGCCAGAUGCCUACCGCUUUGGGCCAUUUUCACGGGGUUUUUCAGCCAUUUCUGGUUAUGCACCAUAAUCAUAACAUACCUCCCGACCUACAUCAGCUCCGUGCUCCACGUUAACAUCAGAGAUAGCGGGGUUCUGUCAUCCCUGCCCUUCGUCGCUGCUUCAAGCUGCACGAUUCUAGGAGGCCAGCUGGCAGACUUCCUUCUGUCCAGGAAUCUUCUCAGACUAAUCACUGUCCGAAAACUCUUUUCAUCCCUAGGGCUCCUCCUCCCGUCUCUGUGUGCCGUGGCCCUCCCCUUCGUGGCUUCCAGUUACGUGACCACCAUUAUUUUGCUGAUACUCAUUCCUGGGACUAGCAAUCUGUGCGACUCGGGGUUCAUCAUCAACACCUUAGAUGUCGCCCCCAGAUACGCAAGUUUCCUCAUGGGAAUCUCCAGGGGCUUCGGGCUCAUCGCGGGGAUCAUCUCUUCCACAGCCACCGGAUUCCUCAUCAGCCAGGAUUCUGUGUCUGGAUGGAGGAAUGUCUUUUUCCUAUCUGCGGCCGUCAACAUGUUUGGCAUGUUUUUUUACAUCACAUUUGGACAAGCAGAAAUCCAGGACUGGGCCAAAGAGAAGACCAUCACCCGCCUCUGA